UUCGUCAAAAUAGCCAACUACCAGGACCUGUUGGGCAGCCAUCAUCAACUGCUCAUAGCCGCCACCGCCGCCGCCGCCGCUGCAGCAGCCGCCGAACCGCAACUGCAACUGCAACACCUGUUGCCAGUAGCGCCGACGACGACGAUCAGCAGCAACCAAGGCAACAACCCUCUUGGUUCGAUUAUCACUCCGAUCAAUCAGAUCAACAGCAACGUAAGCCCAGGCAGCAACCACAACAACAGCAGCAACAACAACAACCAGCAGGCGGUGUUUGAAAAAGCCAUCACCAUUUCGUCGAUUGCGAUAAAACGCAGGCCGACGCUGCCGCAGACGCCAGCAAGUGCCCCACAGGUGUUGUCGCCGUCGCCCAAGCGCCAGUGUGCCGCCGCCGUCUCCGUUCUGCCGGUGACCGUUCCCGUGCCCGUUCCGGUCUCCGUGCCGCUGCCCGUCUCCGUGCCCGUGCCGCUGCCCGUCUCGGUCAAGGGUCACCCGAUCGCGCACUCGCACCAGAUCGCCCACUCGCACCAGAUCUCGCAUUCGCAUCCGAUCUCGCAUCCGCACCACCACCAGCUGAGCUUCGCCCAUCCCACGCAGUUCGCGGCCGCCGUUGCCGCCCACCACCAACAGCAGCAGCAGCAGCAGCAACAGCAACAGCAGCAGCAACAGCAGCAAGUGCAGGCGCAGCAGCAGCAGCAAGUGCAGCAGCAACAGGUUGCCUACGCAGUUGCCGCCUCACCGCAAGUGCAGUUGCAGCAACAGCAGCAGCAGCAGCAACAGCGAUUGGCGCAGUUCAACCAGGCGGCAGCAGCAGCCCUACUGAAUCAGCAUCUGCAGCAGCAACAGCAGGUGCAGCAGCAAUCCUUGGCCCACUACGGCGGCUACCAGCUGCACAGAUACGCACCACAGCAGCAGCAGCAACAGCAACACAUUCUACUGAGCAGCAGCAACAGCAGCAGCAACAGCAAGCACAGCAGCAACAGCAACAGCAGCAGCAGCCCAGCAGCAGCAGCAGCAGUUGUGUCAGUUGCAACAUCCGUUGCUGCGGUUUCGACUAGCGGCGGCAGCUUGCCGGACAGUCCCGCCCACGAAUCGCACUCGCACGAGUCGAACUCCGCGACCGCCUCCGCGCCGACCACGCCCUCGCCGGCAGGCAGCGCCACCAGCGCCGCCCCCACAGGAGCAACAGGAGCAUCUGCGGCAGCAACAACAGCAGCAACAUCAGCUGGUACACCAGCAGCAUCGGCCGUUAGCGACAGCAACAACAAUCUGAACAACAGCAACAGCAGCAGCAACAGCAACAUCAACAGCAACAACAACAGCAACGCCAUAAUGGAGAAUCAAAUGGCUUUGGCCCCGCUGGGACUUUCGCAGAGCAUGGACUCGGUGAACACGGCCAGCAACGAGGAAGAGGUUCGCACACUUUUUGUCAGUGGUUUGCCCAUGGACGCCAAGCCGCGCGAGCUUUAUUUGUUAUUCAGAGCCUAUGAGGGCUAUGAAGGAUCUCUUUUGAAAGUAACUAGCAAAAAUGGCAAAACUGCAUCGCCCGUUGGCUUUGUGACAUUCCAUACAAGAGCUGGAGCUGAGGCAGCUAAACAGGAUCUGCAGCAGGGUGUACGCUUCGAUCCCGAUAUGCCCCAAACAAUUCGCUUGGAAUUCGCCAAGAGUAACACGAAAGUGAGCAAACCCAAACCACAGCCCAAUACAGCGACAACAGCCUCACAUCCUGCAUUGAUGCACCCACUCACUGGACAUCUGGGUGGGCCCUUCUUUCCGGGCGGACCGGAGCUAUGGCAUCAUCCGCUAGCCUACUCGGCAGCCGCCGCCGCCGAAUUGCCCGGAGCAGCUGCCCUGCAGCAUGCAACACUAGUGCAUCCGGCCCUGCAUCCGCAGGUGCCCGUGCGCUCCUAUCUCUGACUAAAUACAGACAAAGUAAUGGAGCAGCCUAUGCAUCAAACUCAAAUGACCAUGCCGCCACAUCAUCAGACAACUGCUAUUCAUCCCGGAGCCGCGAUGGCUCACAUGGCUGCCGCUGCGGCGGCCGCUGCUGCCGGCGGGGGUGGGGGAGCGGCGACCGCUGCUGCUGCACCGCAGAGCGCCGCUGCGACGGCCGCCAACAAUGUGGCUGCGGCCGCUGCCGCUGCAGCCGCUGCUGCUUCGCACCACCACUAUCUGUCGAGUCCGGCGCUGGCCAGUCCGGCUGGAUCCACGAACAACGCCAGCCACCCGGCCAAUCCGCAAAUUGCGGCCAACGCGCCCUGCUCCACGCUGUUUGUAGCUAAUUUGGGCCAAUUCGUGUCCGAGCACGAGCUGAAGGAGGUGUUCUCUAGUAUGCCUGGCUUUUGUCGCCUACGAAUGCACACAAAAGCCAUGGCAGCAGCAACUGGCUCAAGUUGCUCCACCAGUAACGGCGGCAACAACAACGGCUCUGCAGCGGUGCAACAACAUCCGGUGGCAUUCAUCGAGUUCAAGGACCCACCGAGCGCUGCCCAGGCCAUGCAGCAGCUGCAGGGUAAAUAUCUGCUCAGCUCGGAUCGCGGUUCCAUUCGCAUCGAGUUUGCGCGCAGCAAAAUGAUCAACGAGAUGGCCAUUAUGAACACCAAGUCACAGCCGCCACCACCACCAGCACCCAUGUACAUCUUGAACGGCGGUGGCGUGGCUGUGGAGCACUUGCUGGUCACUGCCCCACCACCGCCGACGGCACAGCAACAGCAACAACUUCAGAUGCAGCAACUGCAGCAGCAGCAGCAGCAACAUCAGCAAGCGCAAUUGCAACAGCAACAUCAACAGCUCACUGCGGCAGCAGCACCACCCUGCACCACAGCAAGCACCUCCAACAGCACCACCUCUAGCGUUGUUGUUAACUCACUACAGCACCACCAACUUCUUCAUCCAAAUCAGCACCACCAAAAUCAUCUCUUUAGAGACCAGCAACAUGAGCAGCAAGCAACAAUCCAGCAGCAAUCAGCAACAACAAGAGCGGGUAUGGAAUCACGGCAUGAUUUGCUCGCUAAGAAGCUAGAGCGCGAGAUGCAGCAGCAGCAGACGCAACUGCACCACCAGACGCAGCAGCACCACCACGCAGCAGCGCAGCACUACGGCCAUCAGACAGCGCACCACCAGCACCACCAGCAACAGCAGCAGCAGCAGCAACAACAGCAACAACAGCAGCAGCAGGCACAACAGCAACACCUGAGCCACCCCCAUCACCACCAUCAGCCGCAUCAGCAACAGCAGUUUUUAAUGACGCCGACAGCAACCUGACCCGGCGGCAACUUGAGCCACCACUAUGCGACGCAGCACCACCAACUCCACCAGCCGCACCACAUCUACUCGUACGUUCUGCCGGCGGUCAGUCACAUAGCAGCCUGAUGACAUCACAUUUGAGUUUGAAAAUAGAGGCAAACAGAGCUCCGCAUGCAACGGAUCCAUGCGAGGAGGCAAACCUUUAGUUCUAGAUAUAAACAACAAAAAAAAUAUUUAAAAAAUCCAAAAAAAAAAAAAAACAAAACAAAAUGGAAAAAAUGCAAAAAGAAGUUAAUUUAUAUGUGACAGAAACAAAAGAAAAAAGCAGACCCCGUAACCCAGUUUAGUGAAAUUUUUCGACAGGCAACAAAAAGGAUUGUAGUGGAAACCAAAAACGGGAUAAACUUGUAGUAAAAUAUACAAUUUACGAUAGAUCGGAAGCUGAGCGAACUACUUAACUAAGUUAGUUGCAAUACAGCCGAUAUGCCCCUUUAAACGAAUACACACACAUAUAUGCAUAAAACUAUAUGUAGAAAUUAUAUAUAGCAUGCUGAUCAAUAAUUUGUUGGUUAUUUUACUCCUAUUUAAUGUUUUUAGCUUGAUCAAUUGAUUUUGUUUAAGAGUUUUUGUUUAAAGUUACUAUAUUUGUUUCUUUUUCUGUUACAACUCCCUCGUUCAUCCUGAAACUUACCGACUUUCAACAAAUGGAAUUGAGACAUGAAAUUCGUAUUCUUUUUGUAAUUCACUUUUUUGUUUGAUAUAUCAAGCAGUGUAAGGGAAUAAAAUAUUAACAAAGUAUAAGGAUGAGGAAGAAUAUAUAAUUAUAGCUUAACCGAAUGUGCCCUUUAAAUAGCUCUCUUUCUAGAAUUAUGAAAAAUAAUACGAAACAAAAAACCAAAACAAUUUAAAUAUAUGCAUUAAUGUAAUAAUUGUAUGACUAGUAAGGUAAUUUUCAAAAUGUUACUCAACAAGAAAAUUCUACAAAACAACCACAACGAGUAGUCGAUGUCAUCGUAUAAAUUUAAAUUUAUAUUGAGGAAUACUAAAAGCUGGUUUCGAAACUUAUUUGUUAAAAACGUAAGAAUAACGAAAUUUAAAUGUGAAUUUGAAAUUAAUCCGAUAAGACCUAUCGACGAUUUGGGAUGAACGUUGCAGGUGCGCUGUAGUGAAGCAAAGACUCGAAAAAAAUACGACUUUUAAAAAACAACAGGAAAAGCUGAUACGAAACUUUAACAGAAACUGGCACAGGACACUCUAAACUUUCCGCCCAGAAAUAUGUUUUCUUUCACCAUUUUUGUUCAGAAUUUUCUGCGUUUCCCCUACAAAGACUUGAACUUUACUAGAGGGCCCCCAACCUAAAGGACUCCAUCUAAAUAAUGAGAAACUAUUCCUAUCUAACUUUCGAAAUGCUAGAACAAUCAAAUCACAUUUCUUGCUAAACCAACGAUCGCUUUAGUGUGGGGAAGGACGCAGGAUGAGAUCGGUUGAGGAGAGAUCGGAAAUAGUGGGUGGGUGGGGAGAGUGAAGAGGAGGUAACAGCAAACAAGGACGAGUAAAUAAAAUCAAUUGCAUAUCAUCUUUCGUAGCAAGCACAAAUCGAGAAUGUGUAACUACAAAAGGAACAAACAAAUUGAAGUGUAACUAAACGCAAGAAAGCAGCAGAAACCAACUAUUAUUAAUGAUACAAGAAUGUAAAGCUUAAAGGCUAAAUACUAUAUAUAGUUAAAUAUGAAAACAGUUUACAUGCAAGCUUUUUACAAAAUAAUUUUCAAAUGUGUUUUAAAAUAGUUCGUUCAGCCUUGUUUAAACCAAUUUAAGUAUAUAUAUACGGAUAAAAUCUUCAAAUUUUACCAAAGUUGUCCUUACUAAUUUAACAAGUUAUGUUAACCACUUCACACACAAUUUGUUAAACAAAAAACGGAAGAGACCACGAGUAAAUCAACUAAUUUUAAAUGUUUUUUAAAGCUUAGUUUAGGGUAAAUGUGACUAGACAUACCAAAGGCAUAUUUGACAAAAAAAAACAAUUGUUAAGAAAAAAUAUGAAAAAAAAAACUAAAGAAAACAUCAAUUAAUUGGUACAUUUUUAGCCCUUUUCUACACAUUUUUCUUUAAAUAUAAACUUAUUUAAUUUUCUGUCUAAUUUUAGUCGAAUGUAAAAUGCAUAUUCCGUCCAAUUACAUUUCUUGCUUUCCUCUUGCCCAAAAAAUCAUCUCUUCGCCAGCAUCGCGUUGGUUUGAAAAUAAACAUCGUCAUUCGAAGUUAAGAACAGAGGUCUACUUAUAAGUCUGCAAUCCUAACACACACACACGCACACACUCACCACAAAGACAAGUAAAUUAGUUAAAGUUUUAGUGUAUAAGCAAGAUGAAGCAAAUGUUUAAUUAUACAUAAUAUACUAAUGCAUAUCAUAAAAUUGCGCCUUUCAAAACAAUUAAGAAAACAAACAAACAAACAAGAAGCCCGAUGACGGAAAACAAAAACAAAAAUAUUUACAACUACAAUUAAGCAUACAAAACAAAAGAAAAUUAAUAGAAGCUAAAGUAUGAAACAAAUAUUUUCGAAAUUAAUUUUUAGCGCCUAAGAGUGGCCGACGAGCCCAGAAGUAUGCAACAAAAGCAAUGGAAAUACGCAUAGGUGUGUGAGUGUACAUGUGUGUGUGUGUGUGCACCUGGGGAAAAUCUUGUGCAAUUUUCAUUCACGACAGAUAGCUAAGAGGGAAAACCAGCGCGGUGGCAAGGUUGUUCAAUCCCCACCCCAAAAAGAAAAACCGUUUCGAGGCUUGAUUUCAAGACAUUCUUUAAUCUAAAUUUCAUAGCUAUAUACAUCCAGAUAGAUAUUGGAAAUAUCUCAACAAAACCAGAAUAUGAAAACCUAGCUCGUAAACGAUAAACUAAUGAAAGCUAAAUUGAAUGAAUGACAGAAAACCUAAACUAAACAAUAUGAAUUAUGGGAACAUUAUAUGAAUAUAUAUACACACACAUAUAUUAAAACAUUUUUGAAACAAAAGAAAACUAAAUAACGAUUACAAAGAAGAAGAAAAAAAAUAACAAAUACAUAUCAGCAAACGGAUAAAGAACAAAAUGAGAAGAAACUUUUACAAGAAAAAUUAUUAAGGGAAUAUAAAACCGAUAUGUUUUGAUGUGGUUUUAAAUUUUUAAACAUUGUAAGCGUAAAAAGGCAGAAAAGCAGUUACCAAAAAAGGGGGAAGAAAGCAUAACUGAAUGAAAGCUUAGUAAUAGAUUAUGAAACUACUUACAUAAAUGCUAUCUAUAUGCUUACAUAGUAACGGCAUAUCUACAUAUGUGGCAGCAGUAAUAGAAAGACAGUAAACCGUAAUACUAAUGAUAAAGCAGUAACAGUAAAUAUUCUAUUUUAUUGUAUUGUAUUUAUUGUAUUUGCUAUGUUUUGCGUCUCGAAAAUAUUUAUCAUUGCGUACUUCUUUGUUUAAUUUAAGUUCCCUUCCAAAUUGCCUUAUGUUUGCCUGCAAAACUAAAAUAAAAACAAUUCAAUACUAAUUUCUAAGUAAUUUAUAUGUAUAUGUAUUGUAUACCUCUAUUAUAACCCAUAUAUAAAUAUACUUAUAUCAUUUGUGUAGCCUUAACUUAGAACUUUUCAAUUGACGGUAUUAAUUAUACAUAAUAAAACUUUAUAUUUUGUUCGUUAAACAAA